AAACUGCUCAGUCGUGUACUUUAUGAAUUUAUUUUUUUCCGUCAAUAGUUCGUUGUCUUGUAAGUACCGCGUCCGCGAGUUACGAAACGAUUGGCCGUUGAAAUGUUUCCCUGUCGUCUCGAGGCCGUUUCUUGUGUAAAUCACUAAGCCCUUGCAUUGAUUUUGCCUCUCGAAAGUUACUAUUUCCAGUAGUUGUGCGUUGCUACCGUGACAGAGUUUUCGCGGACGAAAAUGACAGUGCAAAAUCGUUAAAUUGUUUGUUGCGAGUGAACAAGCAAAGUUUGCAAGGACACUAACAUCAACAUCAUGUUCCUUACGCUCUACUAUAUUCUGGCAACAUACUUGCAGGCUUGGCGAAUCAAGUCGAUCUGCACCAAGAUCAGGCAGAAACUGGCGGACAAAACGAGCGUUGUCUUCUACAAUGUCCCCAGCGAAGUCAAUGACAUCUCCACCACAACCGCCACCUCUGACCUGUGCACGAAUCGCGCUCUUGCCCGAAUCUCUGAUGUAAUGUGGCUCCGCGGCAGCCAGAGGGGAUGCAGUCUAGUUCCGAUGCAAAAGGUUUUCUUAGGACCGUGGGUGUCGUUUCCGGAUCCCCCAAAUUUGCUCCCUUUCGAGGUAUCUUUCGGCGAAGAACAACUAGAAGUCGACCAGAAGUGUGCUGUGCAUCUUCUGCUGGAAACUGAUAUCGUGCCGAGUCAAGAGUGCGACGAGAGCGAAGCCGUGAUGGUAGAGCACUACGGCCGCCCUUUGGCGUGGAAGGUCGAUUCACAUUUCGCUAUUCUGCUUGAAUCCGAUGUGCACCACUUCACCAAACUAGUGAUGACAACAUUUAUGCAAAACAACUUAAUAAUAAAUGAUAAGCUUCCAUUACUACGAAUCGAAUCCAUCAUCUGUGAAGGUGAACCACAACCAUUUCAUCUGCUCAAGAAUCAUCUACGCAAGCAACAAACAUGUCGUGCCAUGCGUCAUUUAAACAUGAAAGAAUGGGAGAAACAUUUAACAGGACUACGUAGCCUUAGUAUUUUAGCAAACCAAGCAACUGAAUAUGAAUAUAAUAAAAAUCGGACAGAAGGCAAAUCAGGAAUUGUGAAACCAGAUUUGAUACCAUCAAAAAAGAUAGAUGAUGUCGAACCCGCGACAAGAACAAGUCCAGCUCGGAGCCUCUCCCCAAAACAGAUUGAAUCUGAUGAAAUUUUAGAAAUCAAACACACUUCUCUAAACGAUUCAAAACAUUCAACUCCUCAUGCAUCUCCAAUGAAGAGCAUUAGAAGCGGCUCUUCAACGCCCUUGAAAUCCUCCACUACAGUAGAUUCCGGCUUUACAUCACAACCACCCCCUGAGACCAAUCGCUUGCCUGAAGUCGCUGAUAUGGUCACCAACAAUACAACUAGGGAAGAAGAAUCGGUUUCUGUUAGUAAAGAUCACACUCAACGUCCCCCUCUAGUCCGGAAAAAGGGCAGUCUCAGUGACUGCAAGCCACCGAAUGUAGUUGUUUAUUCGGAAAGCAUCAGUGCAAGAGAUAGUGCUAUAAGCACAUUGAAAGAUAUCCUCGAAGUAGAUGUUUAUACAAUAUAUCCGCUGACUACACAACAGGCACAGCAAAGAAUAUGGAUGGAUAACACCUGCCUCUUGAUAAUUUGUGGGCCAGUAAAGAAAGAUAUUGGCAAUAUUCUGCUUGAUUAUUUCUUGAAAGGUGGAAAAGUACUCUCGCUUUGCUCCGACAUGCUUCAUAUAAUCCUUCCAACUUAUAGAACUGCAGAAGUCCGCGAGCACGAACUAGUUCAAUUCUCCUAUGGCAAGUGGCAGAAAGUGAAAAUGAUGCACCAUAUAUUCUGCUAUCAACCGUCGCCAGUGAAGAAGCAUUUUUCCAAUGAUAGUGACGAACCUACGCCACCGUCUUCAAAGAAACCAGCUCUAGUGUGUCCAAGGUCCAUCGAGGUGCAAGAUCUGGAAGGUGAGGUGCAUAGUUUGGAUGUUAAAGUACUGGGAACAGAAGAAACAUGGAACACACCAAGUUUACUACUAGCCAGCAGCAUGAAAACAUGCGGGAAAUUCGUAUUCUCUCAGGUUCACUUAGAGUCUGAUCCAAGCCAGUUUGAGGCCGAUGAGUCUAAAUACGCAAUACUGAAGCAAAACAAUAAAGCUCGCCUAGAAAUUUUCUCCGAUCUCCUUAAAUCGCAACUCAACAUAAAUGUUAAACAGGAUUUCAACGGUACAGAUGUAGAGAAGCUUUACAAAGCGGCGUACUUCCUUGGGCGGCACGAGUCAAAAUUCGAGCUCCUAGAUCGACUAAAAUCGAGUAUGGUCUCCGAAAAUAUGAUCAAUACGCCCAAACUGAACAUCAAGUUUUGUGAUAAAAAUGAAACACCGCCUAAGGCUAGCUCAACUCUUCUUCCAAUAAUGAUACAUUCUUGUCCAGAAGAUUUUUCCACUGUGGAUUAUUUUGAUAAUCUAAAAUCCAAUAACGUGGGACGUCUUGUUAUUUAUGCUCCGAUUAUGACAUCAUCUAUGCAUAUUAUAAAUGGACUGACAUUAACAAAUGGAAUUGCAGUCAUUCCACGUCGCCAGACGUCAGCUCAAGGCAGAAGUAAUAAUCAGUGGUUAAGUCCCGAAGGAUGUCUCAUGUUUUCUUUGCAAUUUCACAUUCCAUUGGAGACGGUGCUUGGUCAACAUAUUUCAAUCUUCCAACAUUUAAUUGGUGUGGCAAUGAUUCAUUGUAUAAUAAACGAAGCAGGUUAUAAGAAUAUCGAUAUAGGCUUGAAGUGGCCAAAUGAUAUUUAUGCAACUGGAGUUUCGAAAAUUGGUGGAAUUCUAGUCAAUGCUCAAAUAGUAGAUAAAAUGGCAAUUUGUAAUGCCGGAUGUGCUAUUAAUUUGUCAAACUCGAAACCAACAACAUGCGUGAAUGAUUUGAUCAAAGACUAUAACCGUAGCGCCAACAAGAAUCUUCCACUUCUGACAUAUGAAAAAACAUUGGCUUCAAUAUUCACGGAAAUAGAAUAUUUAAUGGACAAAGUUCAGAACGAAGGGAUAUCACAAUUGAAAGGAAUGUACUAUCGAUAUUGGCUGCAUAGCAAUCAAGAUAUCACAAUUAUGGACGCUUCAGGUGACAAAAGACAGGGUAAAAUUUCCGAAAUCGAUGACUACGGAUUUUUGAAGGUGCAACUUGCUAAUGGGCGAAUGGAAUCUGUACAACCAGAUGGCAACAGCUUCGACAUGUUACGGGGACUUAUACUGCCUAAGUAGAAGGUUUAGGGUAUAUAAUUAGGAAGUUCAGUCUUUAGAGAUGCUUACAUAUUGUAAUGUUACAAGAGAGGAAACGUUAAGUGCAUUUAAUUCAGCUAUAGGAAGAGAGCCAUUGACCGGUAGCUUAGAAGAACACAUAUUUAUUCUAAAUUAACGUUUGGAUGGAAGAAUAUUCAAUUGCGGAUCUUUAGCUUAAUAUAAAACUGCAGUUUUUAAGGAAUAUCCUACUAUUUGUGUAGUUAGAUUUAGCAUCAUAAAUCAAUUUUUGCAUAUGGUGUAGAUUUAAUUUUCAUUGGGAAUGUCCAGCUAUGAAUAGCGAAUUUUUUAGUCAUAAUAUUUAUCUCGAAAUUACUGAUUUCAUAACAUUUAACGCUAAUAUCUCGUAAAAAUACGACCUUUUUCGGUUUUUUCAUAAAAGCAUCGAUUGCUCUCAUAUUCAAAGUCAAGAAAUAAACUCAUUGUGCUUCAUUGUUCCGUCUCAAUUUUUUAAAAGUCCAUCGUCAUAGAUCCAACGUCUCGUUUUAAAAAAUCAUAUCAAAUAAUUCUUGUUAAUGUUGAGAAAUCUAUUACAAUGUUACCGAACAGAAUGCAUUUUAACUGAAAUAUAUCUAUCGAUGUUCAACACAA